AUGGAACGCUUUCUCGACUUUGUCAAGCAGAUCCGCAGGUCCAGGAGACGCAAGGGCAAAAAGUACCGUCCAGAGGAGGAUUACCAUGAGGGCUAUGAGGACGUUUACUAUUAUGCCUCCGAGCACCUGCACAAUGAGGGCCCCUACACUAAACACUCUAACCCCUCCAGACCACCAGAUGGCGCUCUGGCCAUCAGGAGACAGAGUAUUCCAGAUGAGUUUAAGGGCUCCAGCAUAGUGGAGCUGAUGAAGAAGGAGGGCACCACCCUGGGCCUGACUGUGUCCGGCGGCAUCGACAAGGACGGCAAGCCUCGAGUGUCCAACCUGCGCCAAGGUGGAAUCGCUGCUAGGAGUGACCAACUAAAUGUUGGGGACUAUAUAAAGUCCGUCAAUGGGAUCAACCUAACUAAAUUCCGCCACGAUGAGAUCAUUAGUUUGUUGAAAAAUGUGGGCGAGAGGGUUGUCCUGGAGGUGGAAUAUGAACUCCCACCCGUUUCCGUUCAAGGCUCAGGAGUUAUGUUUAAAAACGUGGAGGUGACAUUGCACAAGGAGGGCAACACCUUUGGAUUUGUCAUCAGAGGGGGUGCCCAUGAGGACAGGAACAAAUCUCGCCCUGUUGUCAUAACAACUGUCAGGCCAGGUGGCCCUGCUGACAGGGAAGGCACAAUCAAACCGGGCGACCGGCUCCUGAGCAUCGACGGAAUCCGCCUGCACGGCACAUCUCACGCUGAAGCCAUGAGCAUCCUCAAACAGUGUGGGCAGGAAGCCACGUUACUCAUCGAGUAUGAUGUGUCAGUCAUGGACUCCAUAGCCACAGCAUCUGGUCCACUCCUGGUAGAAGUGGCCAAGCCUAUGGGCUCCAGUCUAGGGGUGGCGCUCUCUACCUCCAUGUACUGCAACAAGCAAGUUAUCAUCAUUGACAAGGUCAAACCUGCAAGUAUAGCUGACAGGUGCGGGGCCCUGCACGCCGGCGACCACAUCCUGUCUGUAGAUGGCACAAGCAUGGAAUACUGCACACUAGCAGAGGCCACACAGCUACUGGCCAGUGCAUGUGAACAUGUCAAGAUGGAGAUUCUGCCCCACCACCAGACCAGGCUGGCGCUGAAGGGCCCUGAACAGGUCAAGGUGCAGCGAAGCAACCGGCCGCUGCCAUGGGAGUCCAGUGCCAACAACAACAGCAACUUCCUCCCUUACCAGCACUAUAACACCUACCAUCCAGACCAGUCUCGCAGCCAGGCCUCCAAGCAGAAAUCCUCUCCAAACAACCCCUCACUUUGUUCGUCUUUCUCUCCCACAUCCAUGAGUGCCUACAGCCUGAGCUCUCUCAACAUGAGCACACUACCCAGGAACAUGUAUCCCACAAGCCCCCGAGGCACAAUGAUGAGGCGUAAGCUUAAGAAGAAGGACUACAAAAGCUCCUUAUCUCUGGCCUCCAGUACACUGGGGUUGGCUGGGCAAGUGGUCCACACAGAGACAACUGAAGUAACCUUAGUCAGCGACUCCAUCAUGGGUUUUGGGAUCCAACUGCAGGGGGGGGUCUUCGCCACGGAAACACUGUCGUCACCCCCUCUCAUUGCUUACAUAGACCCUGACAGCCCUGCAGAGAGAUGUGGAAUCCUACAGAUUGGCGACCGUAUCCUGUCCAUCAAUGGCAUCCCCACUGAGGACAGCACCCUGGAAGAGACCAAUCAACUACUGCGGGAUUCCAGCAUAACCAGCAAAGUCACACUAGAGAUUGAGUUUGAUGUAGCAGAGUCUGUCAUUCCUAGCAGUGGCACCUUCCAUGUCAAGCUACCAAAGAAGCCAGGAGUAGAGCUGGGUAUCACCAUUAGUUCUCCAUCCAGCAGGAAGCCAGGGGAUGCACUCAUUAUCUCUGACAUCAAGAAGGGCAGUGUGGCUCACAGAACGGGCACUCUUGAGCUGGGUGAUAAACUCCUGGCCAUUGACAACAUUAGACUGGACAACUGUUCCAUGGAAGAUGCUGUACAGAUACUUCAGCAGUGUGAGGAUUUGGUCAAGCUCAAGAUCCGCAAGGACGAGGACAACUCAGGUCUCUGGGCUGACUCUGGCAGUGUUGAUAUCGACGCCCGUGUGCUGUUGGCCUGUGUUGCAGACGAGCAGGAGAGCUCCGGUGCCAUCAUCUACACCGUGGAGCUGAAACGCUACGGAGGCCCACUAGGCAUCACCAUCUCGGGCACAGAAGAGCCCUUUGACCCUAUUAUCAUUUCCAGCCUCACCAAGGGAGGCCUGGCUGAGAGGACGGGUGCAAUCCACAUUGGUGAUCGGAUCCUGGCCAUCAACAGUAACAGUUUGAAGGGAAAGCCACUUAGUGAGGCUAUUCACUUGCUACAGAUGGCGGGAGAGUCCGUCACUCUAAAGAUCAAAAAACAGGGAGAGUUGGCAAGUCCCAAGCAGCCCUCAGUGACCGGGCGUAUGAGUGAGUUGAGUGACGUGGACGAUGAGAACCAAGCAGGACAGAAGUCAGGCAAGCUCUCUGACAUCUUCUCUACGACCAUUCCCAGUGUGGACAGUGCAGUCGAGUCCUGGGAUGGCUCAGCCAUUGACACCACUUUCAGCAAUCAGGGCCCAACAGGUUUCCAGGCGUCAGGAUACAGCUUCCACAACCACGAGUGGAGGAAUGCUAAACCAAGCCGUGGCAGCCUGUCCCCGGGCAGUACCCGCCAGAGGAGCAACAUUCUGCAGGACCUGGGCCUUAGUGAUGAUGAAUGGGACCGCCCCACUGCCAGCGGAGCCUCAACGCUGCCCACUGGCUUAAUCACAGAUAGCAGGUUUACCGUGGGCCACGACGGAACAGAGCCUGACCAAGAGGAGAACUUCUGGUCCCAGGCGCUAGAGGACCUCGAGACGUGCGGCCAGUCUGGGAUCCUCCGAGAACUUGAGGACAAGCCAGACAAGCUUCUGAAUAAAAGAAACCUGGCCAUCUUGGCUACCAUUAUGUCAGGCAGUUCUUUGAGUCUGAACCAUGAACCAUCUCCCAUGCGCAGCCACCUGGGUAGACAGGCCAGUUUCCAGGAACGUAGUAGUAGCCGGCCUCAGUACACACAAGCAAACCGCAGCAAUACGUUGCCCAGUGAUGGUGGCCGCAAGGCCUUUGCCAUGAGGAAGAUGAAACAGGAGGUCAAGGAUAUUAUGUCGCCGACUCCUGUCGAGCUACACAAGGUGAGUCUGUUUAAAGAAUCAGACUUGGAGGACUUUGGCUUCAGUGUCUCUGAUGGUCUCCUGGAGAAGGGUGUCUACGUCAACAACAUCCGCCCUGGAGGCCCUGCCGAGAUUGCAGGGCUUAAGUCCUAUGACAGGCUUCUACAGAUCAACCACGUGCGAACUAGAGACUUUGACUGCUGUCUUGUAGUACCACUGAUCGCAGAGUCUGGCAACAAACUCGACCUGGUGAUCAGCCGGAACCCACUGUCCUCUCAGCCCUCAGAAAUAAACCAGCUGCCUUCGGAGGAACCAGUGAACUGGACUGAGCCAGGGGACACUGCGCCACAGUCCCAGGCUGUCCCAGAGCCAGGCCAGCAGAACUCAAAGCUGGCGGGAGUGGAUGACAUUGACCCCAACAAGACACUAUAG